AUGGGUGCCCUCAAGUACGUGGAAGAGAUCCAAAAGAAGAAGCAGUCCGACGUGAUUCGCUUCCUGCUGCGUGUCCGUUGCUGGGAGAUCGCAAAUUUCGUCACAAAUCUUGCUUUUCUUUCCCGCCGGCGGAUGAUGUGGAUGUGGCACACAAGACAAGUUAUAUUUGGGCUUCUCCGUCAACUGAACGCUAUCCACCGUGCUUCCCGUCCUUCUCGCCCCGACAAGGCUCGUCGUCUCGGCUACAAGGCCAAGCAGGGCUAUGUUAUCUACCGUGUCCGUGUGAGACGUGGUGGCCGCAAGAGGCCUGUGCCCAAGGGUGCCACCUACGGCAAGCCCACAAACAUGGGUGUUAACCAGCUCAAGUAUCAGCGUGCUCUGCGUGCCACCGCUGAGGAGCGUGUCGGUCGUCGCUGCGCCAACUUGCGUGUCCUGAACUCCUACUGGAUCAACCAGGACUCCACCUACAAGUACUACGAGGUCAUCCUCGUUGACCCCCAACACAAGGCUAUUCGCCGCGAUCCCCGCAUCAACUGGAUCUGCAACGCUGUCCACAAGCACCGCGAGAGCCGUGGUCUCACUGCCACCGGCAAGAAGUCCCGUGGUAUCAACAAGGGUCACCGCUACAACAACACCCGUGCUGGCCGCCGUCACACCUGGAAGAUCCACAACACCCAGAGCUACUGGAGAUACCGUUAG